AUGCUUCUGCACUUGUCGAGACGAGCUGCGGCCUGUGUCCGCCAGCGAGCUCUAUCCAGAUAUCUUGUCGGGCGAGCACAUCCACAAUUUUGCGCGUAUAGCACCAAGCCGGCAACCAAUGAGACGAUAUACACUCCCGGCGCGGUGACGAGGGACGUACUGGAGGGAGACAUCGUCAAAGCCAAACGCACGCGGAGACCUAGAAAGAAAGCUACGGAGGACUCGCCAGAUGCAUCCGAGGCCAGCACAUCUACUGCGACUGCGAGGCGUAGCACUCGUCAGAGAACGGCAGUCAGGCGAAAGCUUCAAGCCACCACGGACGAAAUGGAGACUAUCCCUGUCAAAGACGAAGACUGGCAAUCUCGAGUCACCCUUCCCCCUGUCGAGGAAUGGAACGAGAUAUUCCCGAGCCACUACAGUGUCACUACUCGUCUCACCCUCCACAACGCCAACACUGCUCGCGAGAUCGCGGAGGCGUACAUACCAGAGGGGAGUGAAGGGAAGACCAUCAUCGAGGCGUACCCUGGCCCGGGCGCACUGUCAAGAGCCAUACUAGCACUCCCGAAGGAGCGAGUCAAGCGCCUCAUCCUCGUCGAGAACUACCCACCCUUCCUCGACUACCUCCUCCCCCUCGAGAAACUCGACCCUCGAGUCACUGUCGUCCGCGCGUCUCCAAAUGCGUGGCAAACCUACGAUGACCUCCUGAAGGAGCACCUCCCCGCCGAGGAGUACAAAGUUGACUGGGAGGCGGGUGUCAACGAACGAGUGUCCUUCGUCUGCAGUCUGCCUAUGGGCAACGCGGGGGAGAUGUUCUACCAGCAGUGGGUCCGAAGCAUCCCCGAUAAGCAGUGGUUGUUUGCCCUUGGGAGGGUGCCCAUGCAUAUUACGAUGACGGAGGAGUUGUGGAUUCGCGCCACCGCCUCCGUCCUCGAGCGCACGCUCCGCAGCAAGGCGAGCGUCAUCACCGAGGCGACCGUGCAGGCAAAGCAGGUCAUCGCGCACAACCUCCGCCCGCACCACGAGCACUUCUUCCCCGCACGCAAGGUGAAGGGCAGUCUGGCGAACGCGAAUGCGUAUGGCACGAUCGCGACGACAAUUGUGCCGAAGAAGUGGCAGAUCAUCGAAGAAGGCAAGAUGGACAUGUGGGACUUCAUCGUGCGCAACAUGUUCAACCGCAAGGCGUCCACCGUCGACAAGGCCUUACCCUACCUCGCCCCCGGCGCCAUCUCCCUCCUGCCCAAGGUCUUCCCCGGCCCGACGCUCCCGCCCUCGCAGGCGAUCUAUCCGAAGGUGCAGGUGCGCGGGAUGCAGCUGAGGGAUUGGGGGAUUUUGGCCAGGGCGUUUGAUGAGUGGCCGUUUAAGCCGACGCUUGCGUGGAAUGGUGCUGACCUCUGUGGCGAGCUUGGUCCAAAGGCGGACUUUGAGGCAAACACUUUGAGAACGAUACGUGGCUUCAACGACUUGAGUAACCCCGGGGGUGUCGAUUCUCAACAUCAAGUCCGCGGCUCUGCGGCUGUACGAUCGUCCCUCAGCUUCUCGCGCCGCUGCUUUUCUCGAGGUCUCCUCGCGGUGCUGCUGAGAGCGAUGUCUGGCGUGCAAUACUACCCGUUGGCGCCGGAUGAUAUCGCCUCUAUGAAGAACAUUGUGAUGCAGACGGGAGUGGAUUGCCUGUUCUAUGGUAUACAGGGAGCGCUCUUCAUUGCUGCAUGCGCGAUGCUUGCGCGUCAGGACAAUCGGUCUCGCGCGGUUGCCGUAGCCAUCGCCGGCCUGUUCUUAUCCUCAUUAGUUGGGGUGGUUCUGAACAUGAUGUUCUACCUCGUCCAGAUACCGACGUUCGGCUGGGGCUUGGAUAGCAUAUGGGACCUAUUGGUUCGCAUGAACGUCGCGAUUGCUUCGACGUACCGCUUCAACUACUUCGUCAGCGACGCCAUCGUUGUAUGGCGAGCAUGGGUAUUGUGGCCGAAUAGUCGGCUGGCGAAGGGCGCGUUGUGCGUGUGCUUGGCUGGAAGCCUUGUCGGUGUCAUCGUCGAAUGCGUAUGGACAGUGGAAGACCUCGUAGAAGGAGAGCCCGCCAUACGAACGCUCAUGAUGACCGUGCCGCUGCUGGCUACCAACGUCGUGGCAACGGCCUUGGUUGGCAUACAAGUCUGGAUCUACCGCCGCGACAUCAAGGGCUCCUUUGGGCCAGUGACAAAAACAACGCGAGUCGAAAAAGUCCUUCUUUUGCUCGUCGAGUCUGGCUUGGUCUACUGCUUGAUAUGGGUCAUCUACCUCGUCAUUAACCUUACCGAGGGCCCUAAUACGCUCAUGGCCUACGGUGUCAUCAGCACCGCCUACCACACAAUUGCGGGCAUCUACCCGACCUUGAUCGUGCUAGCCGUCGCGAUGCAGCGCACGAGCAUGCAUACGACCUUCGGAGCGCAACCAACACUCUCGAUCUUCUUUGCGGAAUCAGGCAAGGGGAAAGCGCCGACCGAAGACAGCAUGGAAUUUGGAAGCUCAAGCAACGGGGAUACAUCAAGCUCACAGCUUGUGAAUACCACUUCACAUCCCGGGGAUAUCGCGGCAAUCGUUGCGAAUGACGAGGGCUUCGUACCAUCGACAGAUAUUUAUGACCAGGGACGGGAGAGCAUUGUUAUCCUGAGCGCCAGGAUGUCCGCAGCGCAGUCGCUGCCGCUAGCACCAGGGGAUGUCAGCGUCGUGCAGUUCAUCAUUAUGCAGACGGGCGUUGACUUCCUGUUUUACGGUAUCGCCAUUUCGCGCUCUUCAGGUGCCGCAUUGACCUCGUGUGCAGGAAUCCAGGCGGCGCUGUUCAUUGCUGCCUUUUCUAUGCUUGCGCGUCAGGAAGACCGGUCUCGCAUCGUUACCGCUGCUAUCAUCGGCCUCUUCGUGUCUUCCACCAUCGCAGUAUCGCUAGAUGUAUGCUUCUAUGUCAUCCAGAUGCCCGCCUUUGGGGAGGCACCUAUCGACCUCGUGGGUCUGCUGACCCGUAUGAACGUCGUGAUCAGUGUGGCCUUUCGCUUCAAUUACAUCGUCAGUGAUGCCAUAGUAGUAUGGCGAGCGUGGGUCUUGUGGCCGGACAGCCGCGUCGCGAAGGCAAUCUUGAUAUUUUGCAUGACCGGAAGUGUAGCUCUGCAGUCGGCCUCAUCAUCGAGGAAGUCUGGGCUGUAGAAGCCCUAUACUCUGUAGAAGAACCUCCUUUAAAGACCCUGAUGAUGACGAUCCCGCUUUUGGUCACGAAUGUUGUCGCAACAACACUCAUAGGCCUCCAAGUCUGGUAUGCAUGCAGGUCUCUCCACGGCCACUAGGUUGCUCAAGACCAUGUCUAGGUACUUCCGUCGCAAUGUGCAAGGCAUUUUAGGCCCUUGGGCGACGACAAGGGUCGGUAAGAUCCUUGUCUUGCUCGUCGAAUCCGGUCUGGUCUACUGUUUGAUAUGGGUAUAGCUCU